GAGAGGUGUUAUGGCGGCCGGCGUCGAGGUGGCAGGAGCAGCUCGCCGAGCUGGGGCAAGUCACUAACACAGAGGGAGAAGUCACCCAAGCCGGACGGCGGAAAGUCGAGGGAAGGAGCAGAGGCCCCGCGGGGCUGACUGUGCCACUGGCGGCGAGUCCCCGGUAAAAGCCCAGGCCAGGCCUCUGCGUUUAUGGGCAGAACGCGACGGUUGGCUCGAGCCCCGCACUGCGUGGAAUUCUGAGUGCUUCGGUCAUAAUUGACCCCGCAACGCUCGAGGACGUUCGGGGGCGAGAAGUGGAUGGUUGAUGGUCGCGGUUUUCGGAGCGGGUCCAAUGGCUCACUGAAGUUGCAGCGAUGUCGUCCUGGUUUGGGGGCCUAAGCUCCGGCUGGGGCCACUCCUUGGGUCAGGUGGGGGGCAGCUUGGCUUCUCUCACCGACCAGAUCUCCAGCUUCACCAGGGACAUGCUUCUGGAUGAUUUAGAAAACGCAGAAGCAGGUUUACCUAAUUGUCAGAGAAAGGAAGUUGAAGGUACUGAAUCUACACUAAGAUCUGAGAAUGAAAGACUUAAGAAGUAUUGUACUGAUCUGGAAGAAAAGCAUGAAGCAUCAGAGCUUCAAAUAAAGCAUCAGUCUGCAAGUUACCGAAAUCAACUGCAGCAGAAAGAGGUAGAAAUCAGCCACCUUAAAGCAAGACAGAUUGCACUACAAGAUCAAUUGUUGAAACUACAGUCAGCUGCUCAAUCGGUACAGUCAGGAGCUGGUGGUAUACCAACAACCACUGCACCGUCUUCAUUUGUUUACGGAAUGAGUAGUCAUUUUUCAGCCUUUCGUGAUGAUGACAUGGACUUUAGUGACAUAAUUUCAUCACAACAAGAAAUAAACAGAUUGUCAAUUGAAGUUUCAAGACUUGAAUCUGAAGUUGGCCAUUGGAGGCAUAUUGCUGAGGCACAGGGAACACAUAAUUCUGAUCAAAGUGAAAUCUGCAAACUACAAAAUACUAUCAAGGUACUUGAACAAAACCGAAGUCGAGACAUAGAUGAACAUCAACAUGAAAUGUCAGUUUUGCAGAAUGCACAUCAACAGAAACUGGCAGAGAUAAGUCGCCGGCAUCGAGAAGAGUUACGUGACUAUGAAGAACGAAUUGAAGAACUUGAAAAUCAGUUACAACAAGGUGACUCAGGAGUUAUAGUAACUGAUGAGCCUAAAAUCUGUGAGAUGCAGAAGACUAUUCAGGUUCUACAAACUGAAAAAGUAGAAUCUAAAAGAAAGAUUGAAGAACUUGAGGAAAAAAUCAAAGACAUAAAUAAAAAAUUAUCUUCUGCAGAAAAUGACAGAGAUACCUUGAAAAGAGAACAGGAACAACUCAGUGUGGAAAAGCGACAAAUGAUUGAACAGUGUGAAAACUUGAAACUGGAAUGUAGUAAAUUGCAGCCUUCUGGGAGGGAGCAGAGUGCUACUGUGGCAGAAAAGGGAAAAAUUCUUCCACAGAGUUCAACAGUAGAAGAAGUGCUCAGGCUGCAACAAGCCCUGUCUGAUGCUGAAAAUGAAAUAAUGAGACUAAAUGGUUUAAACCAGGAUAACAGUCUUGCUGAAGACAAUCUGAAACUUAAAAUGCAUGUUGAAGCUUUAGAAAAAGAGAAGUCAUCACUGAGUCAAGAAAAGGAGGAACUUCAGAUAUCACUGUCAAAAUUGAGCUGUGAAUAUGAAGUAAUUAAAAAUACAGCUUCAACAGACAUGAAUUUGAAUGUACAAUUACAUGACUUAAAACUUAACUUGAAGGCAAAGGAGGAAGAACUGAAUCAGAGUAUCMAUGAAAAGAAAAUGCUGAUAGCUGAGUUAGAAGAACUGGACAAUCAAAACCAGGAAGCUACAAAGCACAUGAUUUUGAUAAAAGAUGAGCUAUCAAAACAACAAAAUGAAGGAGACCUUGUAAUCAAGAAAUUGAAACAAGAUCUAGAUGAUGAAAAAAAGAGAGUUCAUCAACUUGAGGAUGAUAAAAUGAACAUAUCCAAAGAGUUGGAAGUGCAGAACGAAAAGUUAACUCGGAGUGAACAGAGCCUCAGUGAUUUGAACUUAACCAAACAGAAGCUUGAAGAUAAAGUAGAAGAUUUAGUAGAUCAGCUAAAAAAAUCACAAAAAAAUAAUUUAAACAUCCAGCAAGAAAACCUUGAGCUUAAGGAACACAUUAGACAAAUUGAAGACGAGCUGUCUAAGUUCAGAAUUUCUCUGAAUGAAGACUCUAAUUUUAAGGAUGACUUGCUUAAAGAACGGGAAGCUGAAGUUAGCAACUURAGGCAUAAUCUUUCAGAAGUAGAACAGCUCAAUGAAAAUUUAAAGAAAGUUGCUUUUGAUCUCAAAACGGAAAAUGAAAAGUUGAUCUUAGCAUGUGAAGAUAUAAGACAUAAGUUGGAAGAAUCUAUUGCUGGUAACAAUCAAAUUUCUCAAGAAAAAGACACUAUUAUGGAGACUCUAAAAAGAGACAAAGAACAGAUAGAAGCCCAAUUGCACCAGGCAGAAAAAAGACUGUUGGAAGAAGAAAACAAUUACAGGCAGACUAUUCAGGAACUCUCAAAUGCACGUAAUUUGAAUACCUCUGCCUUACAGCUGGAACAUGAACGUGUAGUUCAACUCAAUCAAGAGAAGGACUUUGAAAUAGCAGGACUCAAAAAGAAUAUUGAGCAAAUGACUGCUGAUCAAAAAGAAACUAAGGAAAUUUUGGCAUCUCAUUUAGAAGAACAGAAGCAAUUGAUACAACUUAUAAAUGAGAAAGAAGUUUUUAUUGAAAAACUUAAAGAAAAAAGUUCAGAACUACAAAAGGAUUUAGAUGAGUGUUCUCAGGCCUUAAGAGAAAAUGAAACUUUAAGGCAAACCAUAGAAGAAAAGGACAGAAUUCUUGGAUCCAUGAAAGAAGAGAACAAUCAUUUGCAAGAAGAAUUGGAAAGACUUAGGGAACAGCAGAAUCGAGCUAUACCUGUGGCUGAGCCUAAAACCCUUGAUGGUAUCACAGAACUAGAAUCGGAGGUAUCUCAACUGAAUGUAAUAAAAAAUCAUCUGGAAGAUGAAAUUAAACACCAUCAAAAGAUAAUUGAAGAUCAAAACAAGAGUAAAAUGCAACUACUUCAGUCUAUACAGGAGCAGAAGAAGGAAAUGGAUGAAUUCAGAUACCAAUAUGAGCAGAUGAAUGCUGCACAUACCCAGUUAUUUUUAGAAAAGGAUGAGGAAAUUAAGAAUUUGCAGAAAACUAUGGAACAAUUAAAAGCCCAGUUGCCUGGAGAAAGAUGCGAUACUCAAACAGAGAAUUCUGAUAUUUUUCAAGAAACAAAAGUUAAAAGCCUUAAUUUAGAAAAUGAAAGUGAAAAACAUGACCUAUCGAAAUCUGAAACUGAAAAGUUAGUGAAAGGAAUCAAAGAACGAGAACUUGAGAUUAAACUUCUAAAUGAAAAGAAUUUAUCUUUAACCAAACAGAUUGAUCAGCUGUCCAAAGAUGAAGUUGGUAAACUCACUCAAAUUAUCCAGCAGAAAGAUGUGGAGAUACAAGCUCUUCAGGCUAAAAUUUCUUCAGUUUCAUGCUCCCAGGAUGUUGUUUACCUUCAGCAGCAACUGCAGACCUUCACUAUGGAAAGAGAACAAGUAUUUGCUGUUUUGAAUGAGAAGACAAAAGAAAAUAGUCAGUUGAAAACAGAAAAUCACAAAAUGAUGGAUAUAGUAGCUGCCAAAGAAGCAGCCCUCAUCCAACUUCAAGAAGAAAAUAAAACAUUGUCCACCAAAUUUGAAAGUAGUGGUCAAGAUAUGUUUAGAGAAACUCUGCAGAAUUUAUCUCGUAUCAUUAGAGAAAAAGACAUUGAAAUAGAUGCAUUAAGUCAGAAGUGUCAGACUUUAUUGGAAGUUUUACAAACUUCUGGCACUGAUAAUGAAGUUGGAGGUGUUAAUAGUAAUCAGUUUGAGGAGCUCCUACAGGAACGCAAUACAUUAAAACAGCAAGUUAAAAAAAUGGAAGAAUGGAAACAACAGGUAAUGAAAACCGUCCAAAAUCUGCCUCUUGAGUCAGCCCAACAUGAGGAAGACCUUCUUCAACUUGAAGCCAAUGUUUUGGUUGACAGUGAUAAUAGUUCUAAAUUAGAAGUAGACUACACUGGUCUCAUCCAAAGUUAUGAGCUGAAUGAAACCAAACUCAAAAAUUUUGGGCAGGAAUUAGCCCAAGUUCAACAUUGCAUAGGGCAGCUUUGUAAUACCAAAGACCUUCUUUUAGGAAAACUUGAUAUUAUUUCACCCCAGCUCUUGUCUGCUUCAUCACUUACCUCCCAGUCAGCAGAGGUAGAAGAACUGAGAAAAUCACUGCAAGAAAAAGAUGCCACAAUCAAGACACUAAAGGAAAAUAACCACAGGUUGUCUGAUUCAAUUGCUGCUUCUUCAGGGAUUGAAAAGAAAGAACAUGAACAAACAGAUUCAGAAAUUAAACAGCUAAAAGAAAAGCAAGACAUUUUGCAAAAUUUGCUUAAAGAAAAAGACCUCUUAAUCAAAGCCAAAAGUGAUCAGUUACUUUCUUCAAAUGAAGAUUUUACUAACAAAGUGAAUGAAAACGAAUUAUUGAGGCAAGCCGUAACAAACCUAAAGGAGAGAAUGUUAAUUUUAGAAAUGGACAUUUCUAAACUAAAAGGGGAAAAUGAAAAAAUAAUAGAAACAUCAAAAGAAAAGGAAACGGAGUAUCAAGCAUUACAAGAGACAAACUUGAAGUUCUCUGUGAUGCUGCGAGAAAAAGAGUUUGAAUGUCAGUCAAUGAAGGAGAAAGCUCUUGCUUUUGAGCAACUGCUACAAGAAAAAAAACAGGGAAAAGCUGGGGAGUUAAAUCAGCUUUUAAAUGCAGUUGAAUCAAUGCAGGAGAAGACAAUUAUGUUUCAGCAAGAACGAGACCAAGUCAUCGUAGCCUUAAAGCAGAAACAGAUGGAAAACAGUACCCUACAGCACGAGGUUCAACACUUACGUGACAAAGARCUACGCUUAAACCAGGAGCUAGAAAGGCUACGCAGCCAUCUCUUGGAAUCAGAAGAGUCUUACACCCAGGAAAUUUUGGCUGCAGAAGACAAAGAGAUUCAACUGAGAAAGAAAGUCACACUAUUGGAAGAAAAGCUAGUUUCAUCUUCUAACGCAAGUCAUCAAGCCAGUGUGCAGAUAGAGUCGCUGCAGGAGCAGUUGAGUAUGGUCUCUAAGCAGAGGGAUGAGAACGCACUGCAGUUUUCGCUCUCCCAGGAACAAGUAAAACAGUAUGCCCUGUCAUUAACUAACCUGCAAAUGGUUCUAGAGCAUUUCCAACAAGAAGAAAAAGCUAUGUAUUCUGCCGAAUUAGAAAAAGCAAAACAGUCUAUAGCUGAAUGGAAGGAAAAGGCAGAAAAAUUAGAAGGAGAAGUAUUGUCAUUACAGGAACGUUUGGAUGAAGCAAAUGCUAUGUUGGAUUCUGCUUCCAGGCUUACCGAACAGUUAGAUCUAAAGGAAGAACAGAUUGAAGAACUUAAAAAACAAAAUGAGCUCCGAAAAGAAAUGCUGGACGAUGCCCAAAAGAAAUUGACGAAUUUGGUAAACAGCACAGAAGGAAAAGUGGACAAAGUCCUCAUGAGAAACCUUUUUAUUGGUCAUUUCCAUACCCCAAAGAGUAAACGUCAUGAAGUGUUACAGUUAAUGGGAAGCAUCCUGGACAUUCAAAAGGAGGAAAUGGAGCAGUUGUUGAAUGAAGAUUAUGGUGGUGUUACAAAGUGGAUGACUAGUUGGCUUGGCGGGGCAUCGAAAAGUGUCCCCAACACACCUCUGAGACCAAAUCAACAAUCUGUGCUUAAUAGUUCUUUUUCAGAACUUUUUGUUAAAUUUCUGGAAACAGAAUCUCAUCCGUCUGUUCCACCACCAAAACUUUCUGCUCAUGCCAUGAAAUGUCUAGACUCACCAGGAAGGAGAGAGCAAGGUGCAAAUGUACCAGGAAGUUUUAAAGAUGCAGCAGAAUUCAGAGCUGGUAGAAGAACUGACAUGAGUCCAUUCUUGGCUCCACGUUCGGCAGCUGUGCCACUUGUUAACCUAGCUGGAGUUGGACCUGGUGGACCUGGGCAUCUGCUUUUGAAACCUAUCUCAGAUUUCAUGCCCACCUUUACACCAUUGCCAGUGUCCCCGGACAAUAGCGCCAGAGUUGUACUACAGGACCUUCUAAAGCAAUAGGUAUUUCUCAAGCCAGAGAUGAUUUAGCACUUUAAAGAAGCCAUAAACACUUUGUACUUUUUUUACAGAGUGGCCUUUUGGAAAACAAGGUCAUGUAUUUGUAGACAAAAAGAGAAAGAAAAAAAGUCGAUAUAUAUACUAGGUAAUUUGUCUUUUUUUUCUUUUGUGUGUGUGUGUG